GAUAAGCAUCCGGCAGACAGCUUUAAAUGCACGCGCCGCACAACUUAAUAACUCAGUGAGGAAUUCGCUUCAACAGGGACACAAUCAAAAAAAUGCAUUUCGGUGUUUUAGGCAGUGGCAUUAUUGGUCUGACGACCGCUUUGGAGUUGCAGGAGCAGUUUCCCACAGCGCAAAUCUCGAUCAUCGCCGAUCGCUUCAACGAGGAUACCGUUAGCUAUGUGGCAGCCGGCAUCUUUCGACCCGGCACCAGCUUCAUGGGCCCCACCCAAGAAAUUACGCAGCAGUGGAUGAGGGAUGCCUUCAACUACUGGGACGACAUACGUCGCUCGAAGGAGGCGUCGCUGGCCGGUGUCUGUCAGCUUUCCGGCUAUAUAUUCUCACGGACCACGCCCUCCAUUGUGCGCAAUCAUUUUAUUGAGCAACUGCUGCCCGUUUAUCGACGUGCCACCGAGGAGGAGCUACAGCUGUGCCAGGGUGGCUGGAAAUAUGGCUCCUUCUUCACAACUUGCCUCACAGAGAGUCGCCUCUUUCUGCCCUAUGCCACCAAGAAAUUCCUUGCGAAUGGUGGUCAGGUGCUGCGUCAGCAUGUGAGCAGCUUCUCUGAUGUACCGGGUGGUGUGGAUGUGCUGCUCAACUGCACGGGCAUGGGCGCCAAGGAGCUGUGCAACGAUCCACAUCUAGUUCCCAUUCGGGGCCAGGUGUUGAAGGUACGUGCCCCAUGGAUUAAGACCGCUUUCUAUGGCGAUCUAGAUACGUAUGUGUUGCCCGGCUUUGAGACGGUCACCAUCGGUGGUUGUCGCCAGUACGAUAGCUACAACAUGGAGUGGUGCAAGUACGACAGCAUGGCCAUUAAGGAGCGCUGCUAUAACUUGCUACCCAGUCUGAAAAAGGCGGAAAUUGUACGGGAAUGCGUCGGUCUUCGGCCACAUCGCUCCGUGGUGCGUGUGGAGCCGGAACUGCUGACCAAUGCCGAGGGUCGUCGCCUGAAAAUUGUGCACAAUUAUGGACACGGUGGCUACGGAGUGACCACGGCGCCAGGCACUGCCAAAUAUGCGGUGCAAGUGGUGCGUGAUUUGCUGGCGAGCAACAGCAAAUUGUAGCGUGAUUGAUUCAAUUUAUUAAUGAUUAAAGUUUACUGUUCAUAAAAACAACACAUUUUUA